AUUUAGACAAAGGAAAUGGAGGGUAUACAUGGAAUUUCGAAUGGUAGUUGUUUUGUAUUUGAUUUUGUACUGUUAACUGAAAGCAUAAAAGAAAAGGAGGGAUUUUUGUGGGCUGAAGAAAAUCUAAGCAUGCAGGUGGAAGUGGAGGGUGAAGAUGGUUCCAAAUUGGCACUGGAAAAUGAUGAGAAAACUGUGUUUGGACGAGGUUGUGGAUUCAGCACUCACGACCGCACAGUUUCUCGUCGCCACGUGUGUUUCAAACUCCACCAUUCAGACUCAGUGGUUGCUGAUGCUAAUGCAAGGGUUUCGUUCGAAGUGAUGGGGAAGAACCCCUUUUGGGUGUACGACGGAGAAACGCUUCGGUUCUUCAGAAAGUUCGAGAAGGGUCACUUGCAACCCGGAGACCGUUUCUGUUUCUCUCCCAACGCACCUCUCUGGUACUCCUUCACUCUCAGGAACAAGCAACCUCUUCCUCAGCUUAACCUUGACGAAAUUAACAUUUCGGAAAUCGAUCCCGUUAAAGAGCUUGGUUUUCUUGUGAUGGGGCACGAGUUUGACAACUAUCCUAAGGGGAUGAUUCGGAACGCGAAGAAUUGGGAGUGGUUCCUUGAGGAACAUAGAAAGGAUAGCGAAGAUGAGGAAGAUGAUAGUGAGAAGAAGAGGAAGAGAAUGAGGGGGAAACGAAAACUGGGUAAGGUAAACGAAGAUGAUGAGUGGACUGGUGAAAGUGACGAUGAUAAGGGCGUUGUUGUCAGUAUGCGGAAGAAGAAGCUGCCCAGGUACUCCACAAGGUCAAAAGAUGAUAAAGGAGGUAACAAAGAUACCAAAGCUAGUAAAAAUUCUAAAGGAAAGAAAACAGCUACUGAUGAAGAAGAUGAAGAAGAAGAAGAAGAUGAUGAUGAUGAUGAUGAGACACUGAGUGGAUUCAUUGUUGCUGAUAAAGAUGAUGAUGAUAAGGAGGGGGAAGAUGAAGAAGAAGAAGAGGAAGAGUUUGAAGAUGAUGAUGAUGAAUUAGAUGAUUAAAGCCAAGUCAAAAUGAAACAAAUCCACACCAAAACAUGAAGCUGUGUUAUGAUACCGAUCAUUAUGCCAUGCUUGAUCUGUUCCAUCAAAUAGCACCUGAUCCACCCCACUGAUCUAUGAAGGACUGCAAUUGGAGCCUUGAAGAAGCUACUGAUUGUGGCCAAAUUCAACACCAACUCUGUCCUGAAGAUAAUAUAUAGUGCCAUGUAUGUACUUCUUGCCAUGUUAGGUCCAGUGAAGAGCAAGCAGAAGGUGACUGAACCAGAUUCAUGAUAUGGACACAACUUGGGCUGAAAAAGAGGAUGGACUCAUGAAUGAGUCCAACUUUUGUUUAAUAUAUAAUUAAGUAAUUGUGUUUUUACCUUUAUCACCACAAUUUCAGUAUA